UACUCCACAGGUCCAUCCAUUUGAGUCUAAGGAGAGAGUAUGAAGACAAGCUAUGUCACCCCGCAUUGCAGCCCAACAAGAUAUGACAUAAAACGGGUCCCCUGCUAAUCACGAUGAUAACCAUAGAGCUGUGACUGGCAUUGUGAAGCCUUUACCCCUUUUUCUACACCCAACCCGGACCCUUCUCCUCUUUCCAAAUUCCUCCCAGUGAUCUUUGUUGCUUCUCUUUCUCCUACAAACGCAACCUUCCUGCCUGCCCCAACGUUUAUUUCCUUAAUAGUUAUAGCAUCCCCUCUUUCUUCAUCAGCAUCAUGCAGGGUGCUUCUACCACCUCCACUGUCCUUCUUGUUAUCCCCUCCCUCCUGUUCUUCUUCCACUUUCCCAACAUGGUCAACGGGGACUGCUGGCUCAUUGAGGGAGACAAAGGCUAUGUGUGGCUGGCCAUCUGCAGUCAGAACCAGCCACCGUAUGAGACUAUCCCACAGCACAUCAACAACACGGUCCAUGACUUGAGACUGAAUGAGAACAAGCUGAAAGCUGUGCUCUUCAGCUCCAUGUACCGCUUCACCAACCUGACUGACCUCAACCUCACCAAGAAUGAAAUCAGCUAUAUAGAGGACGGAGCCUUUGCAGGACAAGCCAACCUACAGGUUCUUCAACUGGGCUACAACAAGCUGACAAACUUAACUGAGGGUAUGAUGAGAGGGCUUGGCCGCAUGCAAUGCCUCUUCCUCCAACACAACCUCAUUGAGAUUAUAGCCAGCAAUGCAUUCUGGGAGUGCCCAAGCCUCAGCAGCAUUGACCUGUCAUCCAACAAACUUGCCCACAUUGAUCCAUCUACAUUCACAGUUCUCAGUCGGCUGAUGGUGUGCGAACUGGCAGCGAAUCCGUUCCAUUGUGGCUGUGACCUUUACAGCUUCCUAACUUGGUUGGAGUCCUUCAACAAUGUCACACACACCUAUGACCGCCUCCAGUGUGAGACGCCUCGGGAGAUGUUUGGCUUCCCCUUACUGAGUCCCAUCGCUGCUGGCCAUGCCGGCCGCAAUGCCAAAAACAUUUUGUACUCCCGCUGUCGAAAUGGUGUGAUGAUUCCAGGGAUGACCUCUCUCCCACCAGAUCUGGAUGGUCCCUCUGGGAUCGGACCAGAGAUGUUUGGUGCUGUGGGGCCGUACCACCAGCCCACCACCUCUUCCUCAUCUACUGAACACAGCUUCAUUCCCAGUAUCAAGCUCCAUCAUGUCUCUUUGUCAUCAGCUUCACUUCUUGUGCAGAUUCCAAGGCCCUACAGCAAAAUGUAUAUUCUAACACAGUACAACCACACAUUUGUGUCUGAUGUCAUGAACUUGAAGAACAAAAAGGAGAUGAUCACCCUCAACAAGCUCAAGCCGCACACCAAUUACACCUUCUGCGUAGCAUCCAUUCGCAACUCUCAACGUUACAAUCACACCUGCCUCCAGUUUUCCACUCGCGCUCAAAAUCCAGAUGAGAUUCUCCCCACACCGUCGACCACUACUCACUACAUAAUGACCAUUGUGGGCUGCCUUUUUGGCAUGCUCAUUGUUUUAGGCCUGGUCUACUAUUGUCUGCGUAAGAAACGCAUGCAUGACGAGAAGAAGAAGUCCAUCUGUGUCAAGAAAACUAUACUGGAAAUGCGCUAUGGACCGGAGGUGGCAGCAGCCGUGGCAAAUGAUCCAUCAGCAGUCCACAAACUUCAGGAGCAGUCCAGAGAACAUCACCAGUAUCAGCACCACCAUGGAGGCAAACUUCCCAUGUCCACAUCUUCUAGCUCUGGAAUGCUCCACUCAGCCAAUACCAGUUCCUCCAGACUUUCCUCUAUCCCACAGGUGGAAAAGAUGGCCACUGCUUUUUCAGAGGCCAUGGCUACAAGUAAAGGAAACUAUAUGGAUAUCAGAAGUGGAGGAGCAGGGAUGGAGAGGUUGGGAGAUGGUGGGCACGGAGGGAUGCGGGGAGAAGACUUGAGGGACGAUGAUGGGACUGAUAUUGGGGAUGACUCAGAUGAUGAUGGACAUGGCUCUGCAUCAGAGAUCUCCACCAUUGCCAUGGAGGUGGACAAGGUUAACCAGAUCAUUAACAACUGUAUUGAUGCACUGAAACUGGACGCAGCAGCCGUUGCUGCUUCAGGGGUCUCUACUAACCCUUCAGGCUCCUCCAAUCCCACCUCCCCUCCACCUACAACCACGUCCUCCCUUACUCGUGGCCUAAUCCCACUCUCCCAAGGGGUGACAGAGACGUGCCAAGUCAUUGCUCCCAACAAAAUUCCACCUCCACCUCCACUUCCUGCCUUGAAUGCCCCUCUCUCUGAGCGCCCAGGGAUCAGUGGUGGUGGCUUUGUGGUCAGUCCCCCCUACAGGCCCCCUCCUCCAGCCAAUGCUGUACGUCCCAUUCAGCGACAAAUGAGUGCAGAUGCAGCUGUGGUUAUUGUAAAUGCUGUCAAGAAACAGUGCAGCACCACCUCUUGUGGCUCCAUGGGUCGAGAUAGGGACCGUGGAGGAGCUAGAGUAUAUAGCCUGGAUGUUCCUGAGCCUAGGAGCCCAGAUGCCUGUAAUCAGCAACAGCAGCAGUACCAAGAACGGGCCAGUCCAGUUGGCUGUGGGGAGCCCCUGGAGAGGCUGUCUUUAGUAGGGGGUAUGAGCUGCGGUGGAGGGGGUGGUGGUGGUUGCGACAGUGGUGGUGUUGGUGCCCAUCAGGACAACCAGAAGCCACACCAUUGCCAUCAAAAGCAACAACAACAACAACAACAACAACAACAGCAACAGCAGCAGCAGCAGCAGCAGCAGCUGGAGGUGCAGCAGGACUACCACUGCUCGGAGCACCGCCACUCCGUCCCAGCUCUCUACUAUGAAGGCUCCCACCAGGGCUCCCCAGCCCAGAGGGUUUCCUUCCUAAAGCCGCUGACGCGCUCCCGUAGGGAUGCAGCAUCUUACUCCCAGCUUUCGCCUGCUCACCACCAUUCCAGUUACUCUGGCUACUCCUCCAGCCCAGAGUACUCCUCAGAGAGCUCACUGCGGAUCUGGGAGCGCUUUCGUCCCUAUCGUAAAGGCCAGCGUGAUGAGGCCUGUUAUGUGACGGCCGGAAAUGCCCUUCGAAAAAAGGUGCAGUUCGCUAAAGGCGAGGACCUGCAUGACAUCCUUGAUUAUUGGAAGGGUGUGUCAGCACAGCAGAAGCUUUGACUGGGGGACCAGAGUUAAACAUUGUAGGAAAAAGAGUUUGGAUACUUCUAUUUCUGCUAGGUUCAUGGGAAGAAAAAUGUAGGACAACAUUUCGCCUUUGGGGUUUUUUCCGGCAUGCUAGGUGUAUAGAAUAUUGUGCUAAGUGCACGGACUGUGAAACUGUGCCUGGGAAAUGAGAGUCAUUAUGGUGUUUUAUUUUACACUUCAUUGUAGCACCAUUUCUGGAUUAUUCUCAUUUAAUGUUUGUGGGUUUUAUUUAUAGCACAGGGAGCAAAAGCCAACUGUGUAAUUUAGUACUCGUUGAGUGAUCACGUUUUGUGAUCUUUUAGCUUGUCUUUAUCAGUGCCAUGUUUUUCAUCUAUGGGUAAUCACAGAAGGUAAAUGUGAAUACCCAUCACUUCAGCUAUGGUCUGUGUGAUACAAGAUGUUGUUUCCUAUUCUUGGGUGCUGUAUCAAUUUGCAGUGUGCACUUGGAUAUGUUUAGACUUCUUAGUGAAGGUGGGCUGUCAUGCCGAUUAGUGAACAGAAUUGUCAAAUAUAGGCCCUAUCUCUCUUCCAUGAGAUUCUUCACGUGGCUGAGGUAUUUGCAUUUCAAUAGCAUCUGUCAAACAGAAAGAAGGAAGAAACUAGAAAGAAAUGAACAAUGCAAAAAAAAAGUUAAGUGGGUCUGAAGGUCCUGCUGCAUAAAGAAAUCAUGAGAGAGAGAGAUCUAACCAUAGCCUGUAAUAGUACUGUGAUUGCACCCCAAAGUGUUCAACACAUCUUUCUUAACUAACACAAUUGCAUGAUUCAAUGAGUGAUGUAAAGAAUGUUGUCCCACAGAUGCCCUAAACAGCAUUUACCCAAGUAAUGAUCGGAUUCAGGUUUUAUAAGCAUAAUUUGAAGGAAUACAGAGGCCAAAAUAAUUUUCCCUUUGUGAAGGUAAUUAGAUGUUACUUACCUGAUAGUGUCAGAUGAGCUCACACAAUCUCCUUGCAAAAUGGCAGGAGAGAUGUGACCCAUGUGUGACAGAGACCAAGAGAAAUUGAAAGAGAGAAAGGGUGUAGAGGGAAAAAAAAGGAAGACAAGCAAGGAUAUCAAUUAUUUUCUGCAGCCACUGUGAAUGUAAGUAGAUUACAAGCAAUUUAAGAGGAAAUCUGUUUUCAUCAUUCAAUGUGACAACCACAGUACAUUCCAAAUCCUUUCUCUAACAUUAAAAUUGAAUGAGGCACAGAAGGAAAGGACCCUUUUAAUUACUGCCAAUGUCUCUGUUCUGUUCUGGACAUUAGUACUAUUGUUGUCUAUUGAUAACUUAAUUAGCCAACUUGUGACAGGCAUGUUCACUUGCACUUUAUGCCUCAUGAUUGUGUGUGUGGCUGUGUGGUACAGUGGUCAGUGUAAGUGGGUGUUGGCAUGCCUUGUCAGAUUUUAUUGUAUAUGACCAAAUUGACUUCAAUUAAUACUUGUGAAUAUCUUGCCCAAUGGCUGGCUGUCUGUGUGUAACCCAUACUAGAUUAUUAAUGGCAUGGAAAAAUGCAAAAAUAACAAUAAUGUUCAUUGUAUUUUCCCAGACAUACAUCACAUGACUGUGAUGCUCAGAUAUACCACAGUAGCGCAGUGCCUCUUCAGUCAUAAUCUAAUCUCCAUUCAUGUAUAGUGUUUUUCCCCCACCUGGUCUAAUAUUGGAAUGAUCUGCUUGUGAUUGUCUUCAAGGAUAGUGACAUUUCCUGACAUUCUGACAAAAGGCUGCUUACCCAAAGUGCUGCGCAGCCUUUUGCAUAAUCAGCUAACAUACACAAUCUGAGACAUCUUACCCUAAAAAUGUGAAAACUGAAUAAGUGGUCCUUGCUCCACAUUUUUGUUUAGGGCUAUAUUCAAGAUAAAAUAAGUUAUAGUGACAAAUUCAAUUUCAGGACAUUUUCUUUAAAAAUUUUGAUCCAUACUUUGGAUGAUGUUCAUUUGGCCUUGAGUAGAUGCAGGUUGAGUGGGAAUGAGUAUGCAGAUGUUAAAGGAUGUUGUGAGAUGGUAUCUCCAUAUUCUUCUAUGUAUUUCUUCCUUCUUUGUUUUCAUAAAACAUCGAUCCCUGUCUCUUUUUUCCCUGUUUUAUUACAAUGUUUGCAUACAGUUAGAGGUCAUAUUCCUCGGAGUCAGUGUUCUGUUGUGAGUGUUUACAAUAAUAGACCACAUAAGAUCAAGGGCCUCACUGUCAGUAAUAGUUUGUCUGGGAUGCACCACCUCAUCCGCCUUCUUUAUAUGAUAAAGCACCGUGUGAUGAACAUACAGGCUUGGAAAUUUUCCGUCUCCCACUGAUCUCCUAUCAUCUGAGAUAUCAAAGUUUCCAAAGGAACUUGUUAAAGUGAUUGACUCAGACUAUCACUAUACUGUAUCAGAGGAAAGGAUUUUCUUUGCUGGUAUGUUCCAAGAGUACCAAAUCCCACAGAAGAACCUUGGUGUGUUCAACUCUCCAGAUCCUCAACUGCCAUAAUAAGUUUACAGAAAUGGACACAGAGGAUACGUGUAACAACCAAUUCAGAGAUGUUAAGUAAUAUCAGGAUUGAUCAUCAUUUCAGCUGCCAUUUAUGUCCAUCUACCUGACAAAAUACAAUGUGACAUAAAAUCCUGAUAAUUACUGUUUUCAUGGAUGGCUUUUAAUUUCAUACAUUUUCUAUUUUAAUUAACAUAGUUAACAGAU